AUGGAAUUACCUUCAAUUGUUGAUAAUUUAAAAUUUAUGAUUAUUCAAUUUAAUGAAAUUAAAUCUUCUUUAAUUUCUUUACAUAAGCAAAAUGUAUUUGAAAAUAAUAUUUCUUUUGAUUUUCUUCAUUUAACAAAAAAAAUAAAUGAUGAAAAUUUUUAUGAAAUACGUGAAGAAUUUGAUAAUGCUGCAAUAAAUUUUGAUCAAUAUCGAAAUUCAAUUUUUAUAAUUGAAAAACAUAUUACUGAUUGUUUUUAUGUUAUUGAAGAUAUUCAAAAAGAAAUUGAAAUUGAAAAUAAUAAAUUAACUGAAAUUGGAGAAAAAUUAGAUCAAUAUGAAGAAAUAUUAAAUAAAAAAUAUAAAGAAUUAAAUAAACCGAGUGAAUUACAAAUUAUUACAAAUUCAUCUUCUCAAAGUAUUAAUUCUCAUCAAAAAAAAAUUACAAAAACAAUUAAAAAUCAACAAAAAAUUAUAAGAAGUGAUGGAAAUCAAAUUAUUAAUGAUAAAGAUAAAGAAGAUAUUGAAUUAUUAAAUACAAAUAAAAAAGUAUUACUUCAAUGGUGUAAUGGGAAAUCCUUAUCAAUUCGUUAUGACUCAAAAUAUGAUGGAGAAUCUCAAAAAGAUUUUAUUAAAUAUAUUAAAGGAUAUGGAAAUAUUUAUUUAAUUUUAUUUGAUCAAAAUAUGAAUGUAUUUGGUUGUUUUAUUCAUUCUCCAAUUUUAAUAACAAAUAAACCUGUUGUUGAUAUUUUUGGAUUUAUUUUUGAAAUAGCAAAAGAAGGAACUAUUCACUUAAAAAAAUGUAAUAAAAGAAAAGAUGUUAUUUCUUCAAUUACUCUGUUUGAAGAUAAUUGUAAGCAAGCAAAUUCACUACUUUAUAUUGGCAAAGACCAAUCAACUGGAAUGUUAAUAUUAAAACCUUUUAUACAAAAUGGAAUGAUUAAACAAAUAUAUAAAUCGUAUUCAACAUCUAACUCUCUUGUUUUUAAUUCUAUUCAACGAUUUGAAACUAGAAGAAUUGUUUUAUUAGAAAUUGAUUUUUAA